AACGGGCUCCUCUUUGAUAGAAACAGUCACACAGUGACACCGGAGACCUCAUCACUAGAGACACAGCAGCCGCCGCCUGGUGUAUUGUAGGAAAAUGGCAAGCCCCAGGACAAGAAAGGUGCUAAAGGAAGUUAGAGUACAGGAUGAAAAUAAUACCUGCUUUGAAUGUGGAGCCUUUAAUCCUCAAUGGGUCAGUGUGACUUAUGGCAUCUGGGUGUGCCUGGAGUGCUCUGGAAAGCAUCGGGGGCUGGGAGUCCACCUCAGCUUUGUGCGCUCGGUGACUAUGGACAAGUGGAAGGAUGUAGAGCUGGAAAAGAUGAAGGUUGGAGGCAACGGCAAGUUUCGCCAGUUCCUGGAAACUCAGGAGGACUACGACCCAUGCUGGAGCUUGCAGGAGAAAUACGACAGCAAAGUAGCAGCUCUUUAUCGGGACAAGAUUGCAACUUUAUCUGAAGGACGAGAGUGGUCUGAGGAGACAUCACCUGCACAAAACUGGACUCCUCCUCAGCCAAAGAUGAUGGGUGGUUCAUCUCAUCGCUCAAAUGCAGGAAGUGGCCACACAGGAGCUGCCUUUGGAGACAAAGCUUUUGAGGACUGGUUGAACGAUGAUGUCAAUUCCUAUCAGAGUGGCAGUGGUGUUGGAAACCAGGAGAACCGAUAUGUCGGCUUUGGGAACACGGUGAAUCCUCCCAAAAAAGAUGAUGAUUUCCUGAACAAUGCAAUGACCUCUUUGUACUCGGGUUGGAGCAAUUUCACAGUGGGAGCCAGUAAAUUUGCAUCUGCUGCCAAGGAAAGCGCCACCAAGUUGGGAUCUCAAGCAACACAGAAGUUUUGGGGAGGGAACAAGCAUCCACCGGACUCGGCCUGUGAGCUAGGCCAGACCAUUAAUGAAAAUGUUGUCAAACCAACACAGGAGAAGGUAAAAGAUGGACGACUUUUAGAAGAUGUUUCCAGUCUAGCAUCAAAGGUGCAGGGCGUUGGUUCAAAGAGCUGGAGAGAUGUUACCACAUUUUUUUCUGGGAAAAGUGAGGACCACGCAGAGAGCUCCACUGCAGGAGAGGGCUACCAACAAGAACCUGGUGAUACCUAUCAGAAUGCCACCACUGGAAAAUCCUUUUGGGAGACGUUUGGCAGUUCUGAAGAACUAAAGAAGCCUACAAAAUCACCGAGUGGGGACAGCUGGACCUUCCCUGAAAACACUACAGAGCGAAAGAGCUCUGACAGCUGGGAGGUUUGGGGGUCUGGCACUCCCUCUAAUAACAAGACCAGCAACAGUGAAGGAUGGGAAAACUGGGACAGCCACUGGGAGGGUGAAGGAAAGGGGAAGAAGGGCAGCCAGAGCCAGGCACCUGCUACAAAUGAUGGGUGGGAUAACAGUAACUGGUAGUGUGCGAAGUGCUAGUGGGGGUUAAGGAGAGAUCCUUCUUUCCAAUAACCUAAACAGUCUAUGUCAAAGAUAAUUAAGUGGUAUCUCAAGAGGCUUUGGUACCACCCAUGAUCACUCUUGUUGCUGUCUGUCUUUACAGAGCAAACAUAAUAUAUAGUCCUCGUUGUACUGUACCUUAUGUUAAUUGGAAAUAUGGGGCUGGCUGUGUGUAUUCAAGGGUGGUACUCUCCAGUCGUCCUUUGGUAACAAAUCACAAUUGAUUUGUGUUUUAUUCCACCAUCUGCUCCCUACUCCUGACAGCAUUAUAUCCCAAACAAUGGUUAUGGCUGAGGAAAGGGGCUAUGGCCUGUUAGUGCCCUCCGUUUCCUUUCCCCUAUUGUCAACAUCUAUCUCUUCUAUGUGUGGCGACAUGAAGGAAAUGUAGGGGGCCGCUCUCCAUGCUGUUGAUAUGGUUUCAUUCUUCAAUGUAUAGGUGACUCAGUCGUAAUAUCAGGACGAUUUGUAUCAAUUUAAAAUGAACCAUGUUCCCCAGUGUACGUCAGACCACCCCUUAACACAUUGUGCUGCUGUGUUUUCUCUCCUUCAUCUACUGCCUCUGUACCUCAGGUACAGUUCAAUCUCCAUUAUGUUUACCAGAUAAUGUCACGGACCUGCUUGCUUCAUAUUGCCCGGCGCUAGCCUGUAACUGUGAUCAGUGUUGCCCCUCACAACAGGUUGAGGGCAGCAUAUCUAUUAGUUAAUGGCAUAUUACAGUAUUGUGUUGAGGCUAAAUGAUGAUGAUAUACUGUGGCCCAGUGAAAUGUUACUUUGUAAACAUAAAGGGGUUUGCACUGUUGCAGCUGGCUCACAGGAGGAGGUGGAGAAACAUCUUCUAUCAUUGCUUUCUUAUCAAAUGUCGGAGGCCCCGUCUUAUAAAUUAAACGCUAGGUUAUAUUUUCAGAUCAAUAUUUUGAUAAAAUGAUAGCUGUAUUGUUUACAGAUUGUGAAAUAUGUACUAUAUUUUCUGUGUCUAGCAGAGUUCUAAAUAAACCCUUAGUUUAACUAGAAUAGAUGUAACUCCCCAGCUCCGAGCUUGCUGUGGAAGUCGGAAGUGUCUGCAGAACAUUCCAUUAAUAUAUAUAUAUAUAUAUAUAUAUAUAUAUAUAUAUAUAAUAUAUAUAUAUAUGUGUGUUCCAAUGUCUAACGGAGAAAAGGCUUUUAGUCUAGCCUGUAAAUCUGUAUACUGGCAUCUCAUUGCAUUAAUAUCAAAAUGUUACGCUUAAACUCCUCUCUACUGAGGGGCAAAAUGACUGUGCAAUAUGUUGCUGGCCUGUCAGUUUUUUAGCUGUGUAUUUGGAUUAGUGUGCAUGGUGUGUGGAAUGAUCACAGUAAGCCUCAUUGUUCACUGUUCCCUUUUACCCUUAGGCCGGCAGCAAUUUUUAUGCUAUGAGUAUUUGAGGUCAUAGCCAGUGUUACGUAUGUAUAUAUAACAUAUGCACAUAGAAUUUCAGAAUGAAAUUACUUCUGUCCUCAUUCUUAAAUAAAUUGGAUAGCCUUCCUCAUUUUUAUUAUGAAAGUAUUUAGAGAGCCUGGGUGUUCCCAUCCCGGACAGGACACACAUUACAGGCUAUAUGUGCAUGUAUACCUGUUCUCUGAGAACCAGUGAUACCACAGACUAUGGCUAGUAUUUAUGAGUCACUGGUAUAUCCAAAUGCCUUUUGUGGCAGAUAUGCCAGUCUGCAAGGAGUAAAUGACCCUGAUAACUUAUUUUACGCAUCAUGGCUCUAAACACACAUCAUGUUACACAUUUAUAAUGUUUGUUUCUUUUUUUUUUUUUGCUCUAUAUGCUUUCCCCUAUUUCCCUUUGUACGUCCCACAACUUUCUGUCAUUCCAGAAAGAUUGUCAGACCUCAUAUUGUGAGAACAUUGUACAAUGUGAUAAAGCAUAUUUGUUUCUAUUUGGAUUUUUAGUAAUCAUUAUUGUGAUGAAGACAAAUAAUAUAUUGAGGGUACUGAUCUUUUAAAAUUAAUAAACACAGCCAGAAUCUGCCAAAUCCAUGUCCUGUGGCAUGAAAUAAUGAUGAUGUUUAUGGUGCAGUAUGCUUGGCCUUUCAUAUAACCCUAUUUUAUUUAUAGAGCCAUGUUUCCUGUGCAUCCUGCCCUCUUUAGCAUUGUUUGACUGUGCCAGGUAAGUCAGACUUUCAUGCCAAAGAGCAGCAUGUCAGAUGUAGAGGGGGGCAUUAAUGGAAAAUAUGCCAGUGCAGUGGAGCAUCAUUCUGCUUUCUUAAAGGAGAACUCCAUGGGCGAUAUUCAAUUCUUUUCACCCCUUCCACACCCAUUCUGUUUCUGCUGACGGGUGUGGUGUAAUCAUUUCAGCUCACUACCCCUAGGGUAGCAAGGGCGCCCAAUCCUUUACGGAGCUAAACCUGAUUACUAUGGGUGUGAUAUGCGCUAUAACAGGGAUAACCUUAGAAAAGAGAUGGGGCGGAAUUCAAAUCACGCCCAAUGAAUAUAAUGCAUUUUAAGAAUAACCCUCUUCCCAAAAUGGAAUAACACUGUAGGAGAACUAUUCCCAGGAACUCACUGUUUGAGAGUCCCACCAUGGUGGCUGUAGUGGCUACUGCUUUAGACAGAAGGUCCUGGAGCAAUACAGAGACUGAAAUAAAGAGUUUCCUCCUGCUAAUUAUGCUUAAAGAAGUAACCAUUAGUGUUCACUCUAUGGGCAGGGCAGGGCAGGGUGCCGGUCUGUGAGGGGCACAAGCGCGCGCUGCAAAAGGGGCGUGGUCAUGCAAAUAGGGGGCGUGGCCAAAUAACGUAAUACAAGGGGUCGGUUCAGCCCACAGACGGUGGGCGGCCAGCGGCGUCACUGUUGGGGGUGUGCUCCCCCAAGCUCUCUCUCUCAGCGUGAAUGGAUGCCGCGCGCAUGCGCACGGCAUCUUUACACGCUGGGAGGGCAGAAAGCGGGUGGCUGUUUUAGCAGGGCGCCGCAGAAAGGGCAGAGCGGGUUUUGCCCUUAAAAAAUCGGGCAUGGCGCAGCACCCUGCUAAAACAGCCUAGAGUGAACACUAAACCAUUAUCCACAGGGGUGAGAGAUUCCCAAACUGCUGGGAUCCUUUUGACUUGGACCCAAAAGUUCUAGUAGAGUGGGUGUGGUUAUUGUCAGAAUUAAUUUUUACAGCUUUUUUCCUUUUGACAAAUGCUUGCUUAAAAUCACAUAAUUGGUUUCUGGGGCUUUUUUAAAGUGAUUGUGACAGCAUGUAACAUACAGAGGGAGGCAUUUCUCUGCACAACAAGGUUGAGGAGAAUGUCUGGAAUCACUCUUAUCCAAUUGAUAGUGGUAGUUUGAGGGCCAAAAUACUCAUCUGCAAUUGCACUAAGCAUGUUAAAUUGUUUCAAUAUAUACCCCGUCUCUCACCACCACAAUAUGCUGACAUGUUCCCUCAUUCUCCGUCCCCUACCUACAGUAAGCGAAAACUUCAUGUACCUACUCUUGUCAUGCUGUGCUACAGUUACUGUAGGAGAUUGUGAGUUCCUUCCUGCACUCAAUAUUUGCAGAAACUGUGUGAACAGAGUGCUGGAAAAAGUCAAAGGAAAGUCAAUUUGUGGUCCAGGAGAUGUGCUUGAGUCUCUCGUCUCUGCCACCACUAGAAUGGUGCCAUCUGUGACCAGGUUCUCGCUUUAAGAUGAGCAACACUGUUCAGUAGUGCAGUAGGGAGAAGUCUGGUCGCAAAAACAUUUCAUUUGUGAUGCAAUCACUUUGUGUUUACAAGUCCUGCCUACGGUUAAUAAAGUGCUGAAACAUCUAUUUAGUUGAUAGGCUUUGUGCUCUGAGUGGCAUUUUUUACUGUGAAUGCAUUUGAAAUUGGGGGCUGGGGAGUCUGUGACAUUCUGAACAAGUAUUCUUCAACCCAAAUACCCCCAUUUGGUGCCUGCGUUUGUGUAUGGAGUGCUGUAUCUCGGUGUGUCCAUUGCCAUCAUUUUAGUAAUUGUUCUGAUGUCAGAUUCAGACAGUUUAUGUUUUCCAGGAAGAAUUACAUUGAAAAUAAAAACCAACCAUAAAGCUG